AUGCAGCAAGCUGGCAAGUCCGAUGAUUUCCACUUCAUCUGCACCGGACAGCGGCCAAGGGGAGGGACGAAUGAGCCACCUCUUGGGACCGCAACAACGACAAUGCAGCAAGCUGGCAAGUCUGACGAUUGCCGCUUCACCUGCACAGCUACAGCGACAAGUGUCUGUUACGAAAGACACUGA